AUGCCACAGAAGAAACAUUCCUCCUCCAAGACCACCAAGGCCUCCAAGGCCUCCAAGGCCUCAGCGUCCGGUCCCAAGCCGCCCAACGCAACACCCAACUGGCCGGCGCUCAAACCGCUCGUCCCGCCAUCAGAUCUUACGCUUCACACCCUACUCCCCUCUCAAAUAGUCACUAUCUCGCAGCUCUUCACUUCGACUCUUUGUAAAACAUAUGUGAACUUUUUGAAGGACUUACCGCUAACGACGACGCCCGGGAAGCCGAAGAAAGGCGAAGCGCUGAGGUUUAAUGAUCGUUUCCAAGUGGCUGAUGAGGCGUUUGCGAAUAGGCUUUGGCUGGAGACUGGGCUGAAGGAGUUAAUUUGUGGGCGUGAGGAGGAGGGCGAGGGCGACAGUGGCGUGGGAAAAGGGCCGGCUAUGACACAGCAGGAGAGGAGGAAGUUGUGGGGCGGCGAGGUCAUUGGCCUCAAUCCGUCAAUACGCAUUUAUCGGUACACGAAAGGGCAGUUCUUCGAUUGUCAUUAUGAUGAAUCAAACUUCUUAACGCUGGCCACCAAGCCCACGACCACUCCAGCAAAGACUACUUGGACUUUGUUGUUGUAUCUCACGUCCUCUAGCACUGGAUGUAUUGGUGGGGAGACGGUAUUUUAUCCCGACGAAGUUAUCCCUGGAGCCAAGAAGAAUGUAACCGAGGAGGAAGUGGUUGUCGGGUUAGAAACAGGAAUGUGCCUGCUCCAUAAGCAUGGUAAUGAUUGCAUGCUGCACGAAGGACGGGAGGUUUUGGAAGGAGAGAAAUGGGUGAUCAGAUCAGACCUUUGCGUCAAAAGGGAAUAG